AUGGAGGUUCGCGGCCAAUUGUCGGAUCUCAACGAGGAGUCGUUGGCGUACGUCAACAGACUCUUCGGUGUGAGGUACAAGCAGUGGAAGAGCGACUUGCACCACCAUUUUCAGGCGUUUGAUGAUCCGGAAGUCGCUCUUCGGGAGGGUUGCCCGAAGGAGCUUGAGGGGCGGGAGGAUGGUUGGGCAUGGCUCUGCACUCAUUUUCAGGCGCCUGAUUAUGUGAAUAAAACCCAAGUGAAUAAGGGCAAUAGGAAGAAGAAGACUCUUCUCCACCAUUCCGGCUCCAGGCCCUUCUCAUAUAGGAUGGAUGUACGGCGGGGGGGGUCGAAAUUCCCAGAGAUCGACGUCUUUGGUGACGUUUAUGUUCGACCUGGGAAUGAGUUGGCCGAGUCCCUUCAUACGACGAUGGUGGAGAGGAGCCAGUUGGUUCUUCAGGAGUCUGCCUCCCAACUUCCUCCCGAGACUUCGAUUGAGUCAGUGGAUCCUCCAUAG